AUGUCCCAAAGGGUGGAGGACUCAAACGAGGCCCCUACCGAGCGUGAAAGAGAGGUCUAUGCACGGUACGGGACUUUACCCAAGCAAAAUAUCCUCCUACGUUCCCAGGUGAAAGAGCGCAAAUUCUUCGACUCGGGCGAUCUUGCAAUCUCCAAAGCCACUGAUGACUCCAUGACUGGACAUCCACGAACUGGAAAGCAGCAUCCUAUAUCCGGCGAAAUUCCUAAACUCUCGUCACCGAUGCCGGGUGAUAGCAACGUACAGUCGCACGAGGAAACCCCAAAUUUGAGUCCGGAUUUGUCACAACAGCAGCAGUAUCGGAAGAUGGAUGCUAUCAUCAGCUACUUUCACUACCUCCUGGACAGCGCCCUCGCCACCGUCAAGCUAGUCCAAAAUCGUGAGGUCGGCUGGAAGACCCUCAAUCGCAAGACCGGCCGCUAUUCGGCCCAUAGAGUGGUUCGACCGAACGUGGUUGCUGAGGUAUUGGAUUCACGGGAAGACGAUAAGAUUUGGCAAGAAAGAAGGCACUCUGGCCUCUGCUACACUCUGGCCUCUGCUAAGCAGAUAGAAUCCUUCGUCGAGUUCUAUCACAUCAACAUGGAAGAUUUCACGCCCACAGACGUCCAAGCGUACCGCACUUUCGAAGAAUUCUUUGAGCGGCGACACAAGCCAGGCGCCCGUCCAAUCUUCCAAAAGAAUGGCUCCUCUCUCGCCGUCGUUAUCGCGGACUGCCGGCUUGGAGUCUACCCCAGCGUCUCCGAGACUAAAUGGGCUAUGAACAAAAGGACGAAACUUCACCAUCGGUAA